CUCGCGCGGAGGGAGAGCGAGAGCGAGCGAGGUGUCUCGUGCAGAUUCCACUGACACACACCGGAGCGCGGAGGACCUCGCUGUUAAACCGUGCGCAUUUGUACGGUUACAUACAUUUAGGCAGAUUUUACACAGCAGAAAAAAAGAGAGAAAGAAAAAAAAAGAAGUGCCCGGGGUGAGGGGAGGAGGAAUAAUCAAAACGCAACACGUAUCCGGUGGGAUCCCACUCCUGAGAGAGAGAGAGAAGCGGCAGGAGUUGGGUGCAAGGAAAACGAGAGGGAGAAAGAAGAAGAAGAGUGGGGAAACAUUUGACAUUUCGUUUGCAACAACGCGUUUUUAACUCUCAAAGAGGAAUUAUGAGGAACGUUUGGAUAAUUUUGACACUCGGGCUGGUUGUUUUCCUCGCCGGGGAAACGAUAGCACAAGCACCCAAGAGUUCCUCACAGGCUGAUGAUUUAUACCUGGAUGACACAGGCUCAGGAGGUUACUACCCUGAAGAUGAUGAUGACUUUAACUCAGGGUCUGGCUCAGGUGGUGGUGAAGAAGCGAUAGAGGAAUCAGUGACUGUCACUAUGGUUUAUAUCGAGCCCAGUGUAGGACAACCUACCCAGGAUUCCACAAAAGAUUUCACCCCGAGAAUGGACACAGACCCGGUUAGAGAAAAAUCCGGGGAGAACAUACCAAGGAAACCAUUCACAACAAAAGCACCAGUGCCAGAUACAGAGGACACGCAGAGGACUAGCACGACUAGCGCCCCCGGCUCACCUCCAAAUCCUGUUGAGGUCCACACUGAAAACCUCUUCCAGAGGACGGAGGUGUUGGCAGCUGUUAUUGCAGGUGGUGUUAUUGGCUUCCUGUUUGCCAUCUUCCUCAUCCUCCUUCUGGUGUACCGCAUGAGGAAGAAGGAUGAGGGCAGCUAUGACUUGGGAGAGAGAAAACCCUCCGGCGCAGCCUAUCAGAAGGCUCCAACCAAGGAGUUUUAUGCAUAAAACCCGCUCUCCCCUCACCAGUUCGACAACAUCACGAAGGACUGUCAACAGCACAGUCCAAUAACAGCAAACCUGCUUAAACAUGAGAAACAACAAAAUGUUUUAAAGUUGAUUAAGGUAAAAUAGGAAAGCUUUUGCGUAGAGUAAUGUAAUUACGACCUUUUCUUUCUUCUUUUUUUUUUUUUUUUUUUUUUUUUUUUUUGAAAUGAAAACCAAGCAUUUCUCAUUUAAGGCAUCUGACUAUAUUUAAACAUUUUGUGUAUUAUUUGAAAAGGCUGAAAAAAAAUUAAAACAGGAUGUGUAAAGAUGAGGCAACUGACCGCUUCUGUUUUCUGUCAGAGGAGCUGUUUUUCGUCACUGACUACUUUUAACUGUAGCAGUAUGUUAUUUGUAAAGGAAAAAAAAAUUAAAAGUGGAAAUAAUUGAAUAUAAUUAUUCUGUAUCAAACCUACUUUCUUUUUUUUUCUGUUUUUGUCCUAGCAUGUCUGAUGUUGAUCUCUAAAAGGUGUAUUACGUUAAUUUAUCUUUUUCUCUGAUGUUUAAAAAAAUGCCUUUGUAGUUUUAAUGAAGCGCUUUGGUCUUCAUAUUAACGCUGUUAACGGUCAAUGUAAAUGUUCUCCCUUCAGGUUACAAUGUUUAUUAUUUGCUCUCACAUCAGUUUUUUGGUCAGUGUGAGCGUUUCAUCAUGUCCUGUUUAUUUGUAUGUUCUGUUCUCGCUGUAGCCUCUUUUCUUUUUUUCCAAACACAGGAAUUCGUCUUUAAAAGAAGAAAAACGUGUCAGGGCUCAAGGAAAUCCACAAACCUCUCUUCUUCUUCUCUAUUUAAUUCAUUCUCUUUCCACUUUGUACAUUCACUGCUUUUGCUUUCCACUGUUGUUGUCCAGCUUUGUGUGUGUGCGUGUGUGUGUGUGUGUGUGUGUGUGUGUGUGUGUGUGGGGGGGGAAGUAUUACCUCUCUGUGGCUUCUUGUGUUUUUGGCCCAUAGUCCCGCCCCCCUUUCCUCCUCCUCCUCCUUGAUGGGUCCCUCAAGUUUACUGACUGCACCCAAAUUCUGCUAGCAGACUUUAACCUUUGCAUUUCCUCUCUGUCUUUCUAUUUUCCCCCAAAUCCCCCUGCUUGUACCUUCUUUAUAAACAGAGUACAGCCAGUUGAGCUGUCAGUCCUCCCCCUCCCUGGUUGGCUGGUGUCAUUGUCUGUGUCCCAUUGUAGGUACUUUAGGCCCAAAGAUUUACUCAGUGAAGGCGAGCUACUUCUUGGACACGAGGCUGGGGCCCAAUCCUCACAUGCAGUGCACAUACUUAAGCAGAAGACCUUUUAGAAACCCAGUUUCUCUGACUCAUAGAUACAUAAGGCUGCACAGAAUAUGUAAAACAGUGUUAUAUCGGAAUAGUCUUUGACAAGACACCCAUGUUGAGGGCUAUUUUUUUUUCCCUUUGGUCAGUCCUUGCAUUUCUAAAGAGCUUUCUCUGAGAGGUGAGGUUGUUUAGCAGGUUUAAAAACUAAAGAGGUUGUUUUGAUGCCAUUUUACAUCUCAAAAUCAAGUGUUUUAAAAUGCCACAUGUUGGCUGCUGUAGAAUGGCCAUGUAGCUACAUCAAAUAAAAACAGAGGUUAUGGUCACAUGACGGCAAGUCAUAGUUGUCUUUUCCUUUUAAUGAUACAUCUACAUUAACUUGCUCUUAAGAGACAUUUAUUUGUCAGGCAGGUUUGUGAAGUUGCCUUUUUUUUUUCUUUCUUUUUUUUUUUAGAUGUACAGUAAUGUGAAGUAGAUGUAGUAUCGUCUAAACUUCUAACACCACCCCCACAUGCAGCUGUUCAUCCCUCUACCUCUCCAUCCCUUGUGUUCCUCUCUUCUUCUUUCAGUCUCUCUGUGAUCCUUUUUGUCUUCUUCCUUUGUCUUUUGUUGUAAUAGGACCUAAGUUACUGAACUAUACUGAAAAACCCAAAGACUCAAAGUAUUUUACUUCCCAUACCUACUCCCCUACAUCGUGGCCACAUCGUGUCAUUUCCUCAUCUUCUUUGUCUUCUUUCUUUUUCUCUCACCUCCCCUUUUUAUUAGAGACCUGACCUUUGAGUCCAAUUACUUAUUAGUAUAAGAAAAUAAAUAUAAAUAUAUAUAUAAAUGUAUAUUCACAAAUGUUUUAAACCUUCAAAGUGCCUACCAUUUGGAAAUGUACUUGCUCAAGGGGAGCACGUGUCGGGUGUGUACACAGAGGAGGGGUGUAAGCGACUUGACUGGCAUUCUGUGAGCAUGGAUGACUGUAAUGGUAACUUUUUUUUAGUCUUACAAAAGCUGACAGUAUUGUACCUAUAAGUUGAAACAACACUACUGAAUAAACAUUGUGGCCUAAUA